CACGUUCAUAUCAUCACCAGGUACCAUAUAUUGGUUCUCUGAAAUAUGGCGUAGAAUAGUGUCAGUAGAAUGAAUUCAUAUGAAAUCGACGUACCAUGUCUGAUGCCGGUGGUAUGGUAUUGUGGUACCACAUGCGUCCAUAUCGUUGCACGCAACUAUCCAGCGGUGAUUGUCCUUGUACUGGAGAAUGGUGUCAGAGGACUGUUUGAGACCAUGCGAAUAUGGUUUCGUGCUACUGUCUUGCGGGUACAGGAAUGACUCGGAAGUGUUUGGUC